AUGCAGGCAGUUAAUGCUGCGACAGCUGGCUAUCCUACACCGGCUCAUGGUGAAGUCCCACAAGUAGCAAGUGAUUACGCAUACAAACCUCAGACCAAACUGCAACAUACUCAACUCUAUGCUGGUGGACCUGGAUAUACCCAACAACCCCACGAAACUGGGUACGCUCAUCAACUCUAUUCUGCAUCAACUGCGUACGCUCAGCAAAACCAUGCUGCUUCAACUGGGUACGUUCAGCAACCCCAUGCUGCAACAACUGGGUAUGCUCAGCAACCCCAAGAUGCAGCUGCUGGAUACGCUCAACAACCCCAUGCUGCAACAACUGGAUACGCUCAGCAAUCCUAUGAUGCAGCAACUGGAUACGCUCAACAACUCCAAGAUGUAGCAACUGGAUACGGUCAGCAACCCCAUGCUGCAGCAACUGGAUACGCUCAGCAAACCCUAUGCUGCACAACUGGAUACGCUCAGCAACCCCAAGAUGCAGCAGCUGGGUACGCUCAACAACCGUAUGGUCAAGCUGUUGGAUACACAACGCAAUAUGGUGCCCAGGCUGUUGGAUACACGCCUCAAUACAGUGCUCAAGCUGGUGCAUACAGUCAACAAGCUGUGGCGCAAGGUUCUGUGCCAGGGGCUCCCAGGACAACUGAUUGGAAUGCUGCAAGCCAGGCAUAUGCUGCAACAGGAGACUGGAAUGCGGUGAAUCAGUCUUACUACCAUCACACAGCAGAUACAACCACAACCUAUAAUCAGACAUCUUAA